AUGACUUGGCGGGUCGCGGUCGUCGUCUUCGACGGUGUCGAUAUCCUCGACUUCUGUGGACCGACUGAAGUACUCACCUCAUUCUAUCAUGAUGAUGAUCGCGAGAGGCGCGACUCUAUCUUCAAACCCUCUGUGAUUGGCGCAAACCCCACUAUCAGGAGCGGUAAAGCUCUUACAGUGUCGACCGACUUGACCAUAGACGAUGCCACAGAAAGCAUUCAAGACUUCGAUAUUCUGAUAGUUCCAGGAGGUCAACCCAGCAUUAUUACGGGCAUGAUAGAGCAAAAACAUCCAAUCCUCAGAGUGAUUGAAGCUUUCACUCGCCAGGGGUCAAAACCAGGUUCCGGUCAACGCAUAGUUCUCUCCGUCUGCACAGGCGCACUGUUCCUUGCGGCCGCAGGUGCAUUCAAGGGCAUGAAAGUCACGACCCACCAUCUCGCGUUGGAGAUUUUGCGCCAAAUUGAGCCGAGCGCGGAGGUUGUCAGUCACACAGUUGGGGCAGGUGAUGGACGCUACAUAGACGGAGGGGUAAACGCGAAUGGGGUCCGGGUGAUCUCUGCUGGCGGUGUGACCUGUGGUUUGGAUGCUAGCCUUUUCAUAGGGGAAUUGAAGGCUGGAAGAGAAGCCGCUGAUUAUACGGCUAGGAUGCUGGAGCAUGAAUGGAAGCGGGCAUGA